AGGCUGUGGCGCUUCCCAGCGGCAGCGGGAGGGAACCCGCUGGGAGCCGGCAGUGGGGAGUUCGUCGCUAUGUUCCGACGGGACGGGAGAAGUCCCUGCCCGUGAGCAGCCGGGUCUCUGCGCGCCAAUAGGAGGAGGCGGCCAUGGCGGAGACCGAGGAGCAGGGGUCGCGGGCAGCUGCUGGGGGACCCGACGGUGACGAGGACGAGGAGCGGGAGCCGCUGCUGCCAAGGCCGGGCCGGGCCCCGCCGGGCUGCGCCGUGAGGGUCAUCUGGAGUCCGGAGGGAGGAGGGGACGAAGAGACCUCGUCGGACCGAGCAGAGGAGGAAUUGCUGCUCCUGCCCGGGGGAGAGGCCACCGAGGCUGCCCGUGGGGGCCGCGGCCGUAGUGCCCGGCGGAGCCCCUCCUGUGACAGCCAGCGCCUCCUCUCGUCAGUACAUUUUGGAGGUACUUCAGAGAUGAACAUAUUCUUGGAGGAUCCAGAAUUUGCUGAUAUAAUACAGAGAGCAGAACAAGCAAUAGACUGUGGAGUUCUCCCAGAAAGAAUCUCUCAAGGUUCAAGUGGGAGUUAUUUUGUCAAGGAUCCCAAAGGGAAAAUUAUUGGCGUCUUUAAACCAAAAUCUGAAGAGCCUUAUGGUCAUCUAAAUCCAAAAUGGACCAAAUAUUUUCAUAAGAUCUGCUGCCCUUGCUGUUUUGGCAGAGGUUGCCUUGUUCCUAAUCAGGGAUACCUUUCUGAGGCUGGUGCCUAUCUUGUAGAUGAAAAGCUUGCUUUAGGAGUUGUACCUAAAACAAAGGUGGUCUGGCUUGUGAGUGAGACAUUUAACUACAGUGCAAUAGAUCGUGCAAAAUCAAGAGGCAAAAAAUAUGCUCUAGAAAAAGUACCAAAAGUGGGCAAAAAAUUCCAUCGAAUAGGACUACCUCCCAAGGUGGGCUCCUUUCAGAUGUUUGUUGAUGGUUAUAAGGAAGCUGAUUAUUGGCUUAGGAAAUUUGAAGCUGAUCCUUUACCUGAGAAUAUUAGAAAACAGCUUCAGUCACAGUUUGAGAGAUUAGUUGCCUUGGAUUACAUCACCAGAAAUACAGACAGGGGAAAUGAUAAUUGGCUAGUCCGUUAUGAAAAGCAGAGUGAUGGGAGUGAAAGUUCCAGUAAGGAAACAGAGUGGACUACUAAUAAAGAAUCUCUUAUUAAAAUUGCUGCAAUUGAUAAUGGUCUAGCAUUUCCUUUUAAACAUCCUGAUGAAUGGAGAGCAUUGAAGGCUAAUGAUGAGAUUAGUCACCAGACUGAUAAAGGAUUUGACAAAGCUACUUUUGAAAAUCAGAUGUCUGUAAUGAGAGGCCAGAUUUUGAACCUUACUCAAGCAUUAAAAGAUGGAAAGAGUCCUCUUCAGCUAGUACAAAUGCCACGUGUGAUUGUGGAACGAAGUCAGAGUGGAAGUCAAGGCCGAAUUGUUCAUCUGAGUAAUUCAUUCACACAAACUGUGCAUUGCAGGAAACCUUUCUUUUCUUCCUGGUAG